AUGCAAGAAAACCACUCUGUUAGCUACCUCCACGAAGCAAAUGCCUCAAAGAGACCCAACGGGCUAUUUUCACAAACCAAAAAGCAAGCUAAUUUUCCAAAAGUUCUAAAUCAAACUGAAGAGGAGAUAGAAGAUGAGGACCUUAUGGUAGACCUCAACACGGGGUCUUUGACUCCUGUCAAUUUAAAAUAUUGGACCCGAAUGAGUACAAUGACUGAGAAUUUUGGCAAGCUGUGA